AAAUGUGUGUGCAUGUCAUCGACGCGUUCGUCAGCGCGGCGAGCCCAUCUCUUCCUCUUCCUCCGCCAUUCACUUGUGCGGCCCACUCACGAUACACAAGAGACGACAACUUGCACCUGGCGGGUCGCAUACAGUCACGCUCGCCUGACCAGUCAUAUCUAAUCGGACUUGCACAUCCAGCAAGUGUGCAGGUGGUGCAGUGCCGCUGGAACACGUUCUCCGUCGAUAGAGCACACUGCCGACUUCAUUGCGUAUGAACUUUCUCGCCAGCCUUAGAACAGCUCGGACACCUGCUACGCGGACAUGUAGCCGCCAACUACUCUCGCUCUCGGAACCCGGUCCCUCGAGGUUAGCACCGCAAUUGCCGUCUAGAGUCCCGAAGUCCUCGUAUGCACCACGGCGUUCCUUCUACUCAACGACAGUCAACGACUGGCAGUCCUCGUUGAUUGCGCAGUAUCCGAGGUGGGUGAACAACAAAGCUCACCAUGCACGGACAGUGCCAGAGAUCAAGGAGGGAGAGGAUGCGGACUCGGACAAGUCAGAAGUAGUGCGCAUGGAUGGCGAAGAGGACGGCCAGGCUCCUCCAGCCCAGUCAGCGCCUCCCGCAUCGUCCUCGUCAUCGUCCUCGUCCGGGGACAAUCCGGAAAGCAGCGACCCUCCGUCAUCACCACCUCCCGAACCACCCGCGCCUCCACAGACGUCAAUAUCCAAACAGUCUGUCCCGGAAGUCUAUCCCCAGGUCCUGGCACUCCCCAUCGCUCGUCGUCCCCUCUUCCCCGGUUUCUACAAGGCAGUCGUCAUUCGGAACCCCGCGGUCGUUGCAGCGAUCAAGGAGAUGAUGCGUCGCGGCCAGCCGUACCUCGGUGCGUUCCUUCUCAAGGACGAGCAGACGGACAGCGACGUGAUCACGGACAUCAACUCGGUGCACCCUGUCGGCGUGUUCGCGCAGAUCACGAGCGUGUUCACGGCGGGCGGUAAGGAGGAUGACAAGGAGGAAGGGCUCACGGCUGUUCUGUACCCACACCGGAGGAUCAAGAUCACGGAGCUGAUCAAAGGCGGCAGUGCAAAGGUCGAGUCUGCAGAGGAGCCUGCACAGGAGUCUGCGUCUGCGGAGGAGUCUUUACCUACGCCGCCACCUGAGCCGACUGGUACACCAGGACCCAUCCAGACCUCGUUCCUGCAGAACUACGCGAUUUCCAUCGUCAAUGUCGACAAUCUCGAGACGCUGCCCUACAACAAGGACGAUCAGUACAUCCGGGCGUUCAUGUCUGAGAUCGUCUCUGUGUUCAAGGACAUCGCGCAGCUCAACCCGCUCUUCCGCGACCAGAUUACCAACUUCUCCAUCAACCAGGUUGCGUCGAACGUUUUCGAUGAGCCGGACAAACUCGCCGACUUCGCCGCGGCAGUCUCUACCGGUGACGUGAACGAGCUGCAGGACGUCCUCGAGAGCCUGAUCGUCGAGGAUCGUCUGCGGAAGGCGCUUCUCGUGCUCAAGAAGGAGCUGAUCAACGCCCAGUUGCAGAGCAAGCUCGCGCGCGACGUGGACAGCAAGAUCGCGAAGCGCCAGCGAGAGUACUACCUCAUGGAGCAGCUCAAGGGCAUCAAGAAGGAGCUCGGCAUGGAGUCGGACGGGAAGGACAAGUUGAUCGAGAAGUUCAAAGAGCGCGCGGCGGCGCUGAAGAUGCCCGAGGGCGUGCGGAAGGCUUUCGACGAGGAGCUGAGCAAGCUCAUGCACCUCGAGCCGUCCGCGUCCGAGGCGAACGUCACGCGGAACUACCUCGAGUGGCUCACGCAGAUCCCGUGGGGCCAGCACUCGCCAGAGAACUACUCGAUCGCACACGCACAGAAGGUGCUGGACGAGGACCACUAUGGGCUCAAGGACGUCAAGGACCGUAUCCUCGAGUUCCUCGCGGUCGGCAAGCUCAGGGGGACGGUCGAAGGCAAGAUCAUCUGCUUGGUGGGACCGCCUGGCGUGGGCAAGACGUCAAUCGGCAAGUCUAUCGCUCGUGCGUUGAGCAGGCAGUUCUUCCGAUUCUCUGUCGGCGGCUUGACGGACGUUGCGGAGAUCAAGGGUCACAGGCGUACUUAUGUUGGGGCAUUACCGGGCAAGAUCAUCCAGGCAUUGAAGCGAGUCGGGACGGAGAACCCGUUGGUGCUGAUUGACGAGGUUGAUAAGAUUGGCCGAGGAAUCAACGGCGACCCCUCUAGUGCGCUCCUUGAGAUGCUGGAUCCCGAACAGAACAACGCCUUCCUUGACCAUUACAUGGAUGUUCCUGUUGACUUGUCCCGCGUUCUCUUCGUCUGUACCGCAAACACUCUUGACACCAUCCCGGCGCCCUUGCUGGACCGCAUGGAGGUGCUUGAAGUUAGUGGAUACGUCUCGGAGGAGAAGUGCAAGAUCGCCGAGCAGUACCUGCAACCGCAGGCCAAGGAAUCGGCUGGUCUGAAGGACGCCGAUGUUCAGCUGGAUCCGACUGCGAUCGAUGUUCUCAUCAAGUACUAUGCUCGCGAGAGUGGUGUACGGAACCUGAAGAAGCACGUCGAGAAGAUCUACCGCAAGGCUGCCUUGAAGCUGAUCCAGGACUUGGGGGAGGACGCAUUCCCCGAAGCAACUGCCAGCGCUGCCGAGGACAAGGACAAGGGCACGACAGUAGAGAAGCAGGAGCCGCCUCCGAACGACCCCGCCGCGCCGGAGUCUACCGUCCCGAAGACAGACAAAGAGGGCCCGUCUGAGCUCAAGGUCACCACUGUCGAACGCAAGCCGUUGAAGGUCCCCGACACCGUGCAUGUCCGCAUCACGCCGGAGAACUUGAAGGACUACGUCGGGCCGCCGAUCUACUACCGCGACAGGAUGUAUACUAGGCCUCCGCCGCCGGGUGUUAGCACCGGUCUGGGAUAUCUGGGUAAUGGUUCGGGAGCGGUCAUGCCGAUUGAGGCUACUACGAUGCCUGGCAAAGGUGGUUUGCAGCUCACCGGCAAGCUCGGAGAGGUCAUCCGGGAGAGCGCUCAGAUCGCUAUGAGCUGGGUCAAAAGCCACGCCUACGAGCUCGGGAUAACGUCGACGGCGGACGAGCAGUUCAUGGUUGAUCGGGACAUUCAUCUCCACAUGCCAGAGGGCAGCAUUGGCAAGGAAGGGCCCAGCGCUGGCACUGCCAUUACGACGGCGUUGGUAUCCCUCUUCACCAAAACUAAGGUCAACCCUGAUAUCGCUAUGACUGGUGAGAUCUCCCUUGUUGGACAGGUACUGCCCGUUGGUGGUCUGAAGGAGAAGAUCCUCGCUGCGCACCGCGCAGGCAUCAAGACGAUCAUCGCGCCCGAGGCCAAUCGUCCCGACAUCGAGGAAAACGUCCCAGAAAGCGUGAAGACUGGCAUCCGGUUCGUGUACGUCGAGGACAUCCGGGAGGUCCUGCACGAGGUGUUCCGCGGCGAGCCGGUCGCGGAUCGGUGGAAGGACACGCUUGCCCUGCCAUGAUCGUCGUCCGUUACGUUCGUUAAUUGCUGUGUCGAUAUCCGUACCAUUUGCACUAGGUUAGAGCACGCUUGUCCCACGGCGACAUUACUACAAUAUCUGUAUAUUAUCAACGCGCCCAACCCAGCUCCAUGUAUCAUCAGCAUCGUACUACUCAGAGAAUCGUCCGUGUUCUCGCAAUCCGGGCUAUCGACCUUGAGGUUGAACAUGUGAGUCUCGUUCGCAGUGCGGUGCGUCUAGACGCGCGUACGCCCAGCACGACCUC